CAGACCAUUAUAGAACUUGUUGAAAAGAAUUCAUUUAACUUCAAUAAGUUUUGUUCAACUUGUCUUGUAAGUACAUGAUCUUUUUAAGAAAACCAUACUCCUUUGUUUUUUGUUGUUGUUGUUCGAAGGCUGCUUGUUGUUUUAUAGUUUCUUCAGUAUGAUAAUAAAUUUCUCCCACAGCUACUGAAACCCAUCAGGUCAAAGCAUUGUUCUGUUUGUGAUCGAUGUGUAGCCAAGUUUGAUCACCAUUGUCCAUGGGUAGAGAAUUGUGUAGGUGGGUAACAGUUUGUUUUUGCACCCUCAAAAUUAUUUUUAUUGUAUCUUCUGCCGGGAUGAUCUGAAUGGAGUGAUCACCAAGUGACGUAACAUGAUAGGUUGAUGACACAUUGAAGAAUACUGGUGUCUUACCAUAGUAGCUAACCAACAAUAAAUGCUGCCUGCGCGACAGGUUUUGAAGGGGAGGGAAAAGGGAAAAUUAAGGUGCACAAGAAAGAAGGGAAGGGAGGUUUGGUAGUAUGCCUAUGGUUGACAAUUCCCUUUUUUGCAGUUACGGUAAGAUCGGAUCAUAUACCUUCAAUCCUCUAUUAAGCCCCUGGGGGGCUUAUUUAAUUUAGCAAAGACAAUGGUAUCAAUCCUCCAUAAAGAACUAGAAUACAUUUAUUGAAAAAUCUCAAGUACAAGAAUUUGGAGGUCAUGCAGCCGAGGAUCAAAAACAAAUCUUAACUUCCAGUUGGUGAAUAAACAGCCCCGGAUCAGUCCACACAAAGUUUUACAGUCGUGAUUGAUUAAUACAGUCUGUCAUUUAUUAGUGAAGAAUAAUUAGGGGAGGGGAGGGGGCAUAAAAGAGAGGGGGAACUUAUUAACUUUCUUCCCCUGAAAAUGGGGGCUUAAUAGAGGAUUUACGGUACAUCAUGUAAAACAAUGACAUCUUUGGAGGAGUUCUCUUCCUUUUCUCUCACGCAGGUGCCCUUCAUGAACUCGCGUGCUGCCCCUUCCCUUGCAUUGCCCUUCGACUACAUCCCGUGAAGGCUAAUCAACAAUAUUUUUGACAAGAAGACUCUUGGCCAAAGGGCAUAAAUUUGUUUGUUUGUUUGUUUGUUUUUUUUUUUCAAGUAGUUCUUCUUUGAGUUUGUCUUAUUGGGCAAAAUGUGAAUGAUUGUUCUGACUAAGUUGCUCUAACAUCUUUAAUCUGAUCAUCAGAUGAUCUGAAGAGAAGUCACUCACUCGAACGUCCGAGUAGUGGGGGGAGUUAAUUUAUUUUUCUAUUUUGUUGUUGUCACAGGUGUCGGAAAUCACGUGUACUUCUUUUGGUACUUGUUUUUCCUGUUUCUUAUGAUUCUCUGGUACAUCUAUGGCGGAACAGUCUGUAAGUCAAGGCUUCUUUAUUUUUCAAACGUUAACUUGUUUAUUUAGUAUUGAUAUUGACCUUAUAUCUGCUUGCCCUUGGAAUCCCUGAUCAUUUGCCUUUUUAGAAAUGAAAAGGGAAAUGGAGCCCAGAUGUGUCCCGCAAUUUUUCCUACGAUCGUUACUGGGGACGCGCCGGUCAGCUAUUGACCUACCGUAAAAUUCCGAAAAUAAGGCCCUCCAUGUAUAGGCCCCUCCAAAUAUAGGUCCCCCAAACUCGUAACGCAAAAAACCCUCCAUUAAAUCGUCCCUCCAAAUAAAAGCUCCCCGGGGGCUUGUACUUGGAAAUUGCCCUCAAAUUCUAAGGAAAACAAAGCAAAAACGGUAAAUUUCCUUCCAACUAUAAGGCUAGCCCAAUUUUUUUUCAAACGCAAAUUUCCCUCCGUAGAUAAGCCCCUCAAAAAGGGCCUUUGAAAAUAUAAGCCCCGGAGGUUAUUUUCGGAAUUUUACGGUAUUUUUUUUCCUGUCCCUAUUAACAAUCCCAGAAGUCUUUGCAAGAGUUAACUGGACCCGGUCUCCUUCUCUCUUUUUUAAAGUGGCGACUGGGCUGUGAGCAAGCUUUCUAUUGAGACACUCAUCUCUCACGCCUCGUUUCACCGAUAUCGGGUCGUUUCGCCUAAAGGUCUAUUCGCCCUAUGCUAGUUCGCCCAGACUAAGUCGAUUCGCACGAUAUGUAUUUGUCGUUUUUUAAGCUUGAGAAAAAGGAAUAAGCAUGGCGAGACAGUGACUGCACAUUUGGAAUCCAAGGUUAACUAAAAUAACAUCUCGGAGUAGUAGGUUCAUCGUGUUUUAGAGUGUUGUAUGUCAUCUGGCGAAUCGACUUAAGAGAGCAGAGUUUCCAUUUAUUACUUCCCAUAUUUUGAAUAUACACAUCUCAUGGCUUUAAAAAUGACAAGACAACUGCCUGUCUUAGCUAUAUAUAUUCGUAUCAAAAAGACCGACCAGAUACAGCAGUUAAAGGGGAUGCGUUGCUUUCUAGUAGGUAUGUGAAAGAGGAAUCAUUUGUCAUUGGAAGGUGUGGGAAAGGGUUCGUUUCUGGUCGUAAAUGGUUUGAAAAAGGUUACGGGGUUGGACCUUGUGGCGGAGCCUCCCCAUGCAAAUAAAACCUUGUUAAGUACCACAUUCCCCCGGACUACCAGUUAACCAGUUCGUGAAAACACGGUGCAUAACCCUAUAGAUCGUUUUCACAUCCCGUCACGGCGGCCAUAUUUGUGUACAAAACAAUAGAUCGGCGGCCAUGUUUGUGUACAAAAAAAAUUCUGUGGGAAUUGAACUCUUUUCACAUGUUAAAACUUUCUUUUAUUCCAAGCAAUUUGUAAAGCUGCUGACCACUCGAGUGAAAACGAUCUAUCGUGAAGUCGCUCGCUUUGGGUUUUGGGCUCAUGUUAAUGUCCAGCCUUCCCGGAGGAGAAUUAAAGUGAUGUCCAAGGUUUGGGCCCCGACUCUCCUCCCUUGUAGCCUUCUAAACUACUAACUUAUGUUAAUAUUUGUGUCAGAUUAUGUUAAAGCGUGCGGUCCUUACCAUGAAGGAGUGUGGAAUGCUGUUACUCAAAGUGUCUAUUGUGCACCUUGGGUAUCCUGGGGCUAUCUCAACGCCUUGUUUCAUGUGAUGUGGGUCGGUGCCCUCCUUUUCAGUCAAUGUUAUCAGGUAGGAAAUUCUCUGUGCUGUCCUCUGCGCAUUCUUUUGUGCUAUUCAGAGGAGCUCAUAUGCUAUCCAUGUUGUUGUUAGGAGUUAGCUUGUUCCAGACUCCAAGAGAGCAGUUCAUUCGCACAGUAAAAAGUGGUGCGAGACAGAAGGCGGUGCUAUUUUUUCCCGCCACCGCCCCCUUCCCCAGAUCGCGCGCGUAUUAUUUUCACUUGGCUGUUUUAUUUUCACGACGUCCCACUUUUUGAGAGCCUGGCACAGGCUAGUUAGGAGGAGGCACCGUGGCCGAGUGGUUAGAGCGUGGGAAUUGCAAUCCGGAGUCCCCGAGUUCAAGUCCCGCCCUGACCGCUAACUGGAUUUGUUCACGGUUGUCUCGAGUUCAACUCCUCGGCUACGCUUGUAAAUAACCAACUGGUUUGCCUCCGGCCAGUUGGUUUUUUUGCCCUACUUAUGUUGAUUUCAGUUAUUUGUUUUUGUCCUUAUUUUUGGGCCACAAUGUAAACUGUUGGUAUAGGCCCAGUUCAAACGUCGAACUUAAAAUACCUAUUUGGGUCGACCCAACUGAUAUAAGCUUGACGGUUGAUUCAGACCCCGAACUUGAUUCAUCUAUCUUAAUUUAUUUUUACCAUGUAAAAUGGUCUACAGUGUUUUACUGUAUCAGUGAAAACAAAUAACAGUAAUUCAUGCAUUAGGUUCGGCACUUGAAAAGUUCGACGGUUGAAACCAAGUCGCUCCUCAGUCGAAAUUCCCAUGAGGGCCACUCGAUCUUAAUCUAUGGGUCGACCCAAAUGAGAUAUUUUUCACUUAAUUGAUUCAAACGUCGAUCUUCUUAUGUACUUAGUUGAAGGGAUUAGGGUUCGGUACAUGAAAAGAUCGACGUUUGAACUGGACCUUAUCAGUAAUUGUGUUACCCUUACAAAGUCAAUUUUUUGCCGUUGUUGAAAUAUUCAACUUUUUUUGCCAGAUAUUUUGGCUGGGAAUGACCACUAAUGAGCGCCUGAAUAUGACAAGAUACCAGCAUUUCAUGGACAAUCACGGAGUCGCACAAACCCCCUUCAGGUAG